UUGUAUUGUCCUUGUCCGUCCGUCACUUCCAAGUUUCUUAUUUGUCCCAUUUGUACUUCUUAUGCUAGCUUUGUGUCGAUACUUCACAACUUGUUUGGCAAACUCGACUGGAAAGACUGGAUUGGACCGCACUGGACUGGAUCGCAUUGGUUUCUUCGACAAAAAUCAAGAUACAUGUCAGGUGGCUCUGCACCUGCACCUGCAUCUGUCUGCCUGCGUCUAGAAUUACGCCUUCACUCCUCCCGCCCAAGUUACAUUAGUUUACCAACCAUAUGACAAAGACUGGAGGCCAUUACUGCAACAACCCAAUCUGACUUGCUAGGGCCCCUCAAGUGGCUGAAUCAUCUCAACAACACUUUAUCAAUUACCACAUCAAUCACCGCACCGACUUCCUCCCAAAGAAAGCACAGCCAGCACAGCUAGCACAACGCACGGCCACUAAGCAAGAUCCCUUUUGGCUGCCCGCGGCCACUCAGACCUUCUGCCUCUGGCAUCAUCAGCCAGGCGCCUUCUUGAUGCCCCACUGCCCGCACUUGGCCAUUACUGACUACUGAACCCUCUCCCGGACUACCUUCCACCACCAAAGUUGCUUCUUCACCAUUUGGACUUCACAACAUUUCCCUUCCUCGCCUCAACCUGCCUGCCUGCCUACCUACCUACCUAAUCCUCAACCGGUCUCCUCCUGCCACUCAUCUUGUUCCUCUGACCUUUCGCCUUCCAUUUCCAUUCCACCGGCACUCCCGCCGCCAUCCUUGACCCGUUCAAGCAAGCUAUUUCCUCUCUCACACACAUCUAGACUCAUUUGUCACCACCACACCACAACCUGGUGCUCUGAUUUUUGUCUUUCUGUUUCGUCCUCCUCUUAUCAUCACUCAUUCUUUCUUUGUCCUUGUUGUCCUUGAAGCCUUCUCGGCGCCCUCGCUAAAAUGAGCACCAUCCAGAACCUCAAAAACUUCAUACGUCAUGGCAAGCAGGCAAGGGCAGCCGACCCACCCCGCGAUCAACCAACGACCAAUCUUUCCCCAGUCCACGCCCAACAGCAAAAAUACAACUACGGCCAUUCCGAACCUGUAGCUCCUCAACGACAGCCCCAGGCGCAAUUCCAACCCCAGCCCGCAGACUAUUCCACCGCCGCCAUCGACAACCGGAACGCUGUUGCCCAAGCCGGUCAUGCCGCCGCCCAUGCAGCCGCCAAAAAUCAAAAGAUCAAUGCCCAGCGAGAUGCCGAGAUCCAGGCCAUCGUCGCCGAGGAAAGAGAAAAGGCUGGCAAGCUCCCUCGUUACCCAGGCCUCGAGAGAUACAUUCUGCUGGAGAAGAUGGGCGAUGGUGCAUUCAGCAACGUCUACAAAGCUCGUGAUACAACAACCAACGACGAGGUCGCCAUCAAGGUCGUCCGGAAGUUUGAAAUGAACUCGAAUCAGGUAUGCCUGCUGUCUGGACAUGUUGUCCAAUCUUCUGGGCCCCCUAGUUUCCCUCUUGCUCAUGCUUACCAUUUGUCCUUGACAUCACUGCAUCCUCCCCUCUCAAUCUCUCCUCCCCUCACUCCCUCUCUCUCCCUCCCUCUCUCUCCCUCCCUCUCUCUCCCUCCCUCUCUCUCCCUCUACGCGCUAGACACAAAACCAACCUCACCAUACAGGGCGAUGCUCAUCUUCAUCCGAAUUUCAAAAAGCAACCAAAAGGCGUCGAGCGUGCCAAUAUCCUCAAAGAGGUUCAAAUUAUGCGGCAAUUGGAUCAUCCCAACAUCGUUCGCCUCAUCGACUUUUCCGAAUCACGUCAACAUUACUUCAUCGUCCUCGAGUUGUGCCCUGGCGGCGAGCUGUUCCAUCAAAUCGUCCGUCUGACCUAUUUCAGUGAAGAUCUCAGUCGGCAUGUCAUCACACAGGUUGCCCAAGCUCUUCUCUAUCUGCACGAGGAAACGGGAGUUGUCCAUCGUGACAUCAAACCGGAGAAUCUCCUCUUCUACCCCAUUCCUUUUGUGCCGACAAAAAACCCAAAGCCAAGAGGACCCGAUGAUGAGGACAAGGCCGACGAGGGUGAAUUCAUCAGAGGUCAGGGUUCUGGUGGAAUCGGUGUCAUCAAGAUCGCCGACUUUGGCCUGUCCAAAGUCAUCUGGGAUUCCCAAACCAUGACUCCUUGUGGCACUGUGGGCUACACUGCUCCUGAGAUUGUCAAGGAUGAGCGUUACAGCAAGUCAGUCGACAUGUGGGCUCUGGGCUGCGUUCUGUACACGCUUCUCUGCGGCUUUCCUCCCUUCUACGACGAGUCAAUCCAAGUCCUGACGGAAAAGGUGGCCCGGGGACAGUACACGUUUCUGUCUCCAUGGUGGGAUGAUAUCUCCAAGUCUGCCCAGGAUCUGGUGUCACAUCUCCUCACUGUGAAUCCAGACAAGCGUUAUACCAUUGAAGAGUUCUUGAACCAUCCUUGGAUUCGAGGCACCACGGAACCGACUUAUGCUGCAGCAGAUGCACCGCCUCUUGCCACACCAUUGGCCGUGAGGCAAAAGGAAUGGAUUGCCGCCGGUGGUGCCCCAGUCCCUGCCGAAUUGGCCAAUCUAGCUGCGCCCAACACGCCCGGUGCGCGAAGGGCUGAUUUCCGCUCACCAGGUGCCGUCAAUCUCCGGGAAGUUUUUGAUGUUGGCUACGCCGUACAUCGGCAAGAAGAAGAGGCCAAGCGAAGAAAGAACUUCAAGCAAGGCUACCGCGGAGCUGGCCUCCCAGGUGGCUUGAACCCCCUGAACGAGGAUGAUGACUAUGACGACGAAGAUGACUCUGAAGACCAAAUCUCCAGCAAGGUUCCCAAAGCACAGCAGCCAACCGACGUUACUACUAUGGAGGCCAAGAUGCGUACGACUAAUCUCGGCACUCAACCUUCAGCGGCCGCGCAGGCGAGAAGUGCCGCUGCACCAGCGAGAAGCCAACACCAUGCCCAGCAAGAACGUGGCUAUGGUCAACAUAGCGCAGCGGUAGCGGCAGCUGCGAAGCGAGAUGUUGGACGGCGGAACAAGCAACCGUUCGAACUGAGUCUCGACAACUCGACAUUGCUGGGCCGGAGGAACAAAAAUCCGGGUGGAACGGCCGCACCGUCGAGGCUGAGGGAAGAACUCAGUGUGCGAUGAGAGUCGUCGCGAAAGGCGGGCGUCGAUCACUGUAUGCGAAAGAAAUGCUAAUUUGUCGAGUAUUUCGAGAACAUGGGCUCCACAAACGAGGGAACAUGCGAGGCCAUCAUGAUACGUUUACAGCGUUGUGUUGACGCGAAUUUCUCAUGUAUUUGUGCAAUAAGUAGUCCAUCGGACUCUAGAUAUGGACACCAAUGGACACCUGAUUGAUAUCCACACAUGCUGAGGCAUUUUGGAAGUUUGAGAUCAGAGUGAUUAGGUCGUAUCAAAUCAAUUCAUUGAAGAAUCAAUA